AUGAACAGACUGAACUUCCACAACAAUAAAACCAUGCAGGACCGCCGCUGCGUCUGUGUCUUUCUGCCCAACGACGACACGCUCAACGUCAUCGUCCAUGUGAAGACUUUGUGCCAGGAGCUGCUGGUGCAGGUGUGUGACCUGCUGAGGCUGAAGGACUGUCACCUGUUUGGCCUCAGUGUUGUUCAGAAUAAUGAACACAUCUAUAUGGAGCUGGAUCAGAAGCUUUCCAAAUACUGCCCCAAAGAAUGGAAGAGAGAAGCCAGCAAGGGAAUCGACCAGUUUGGACCUCCGAUGAUAAUUCACUUCAGAGCUCAGUAUUACGUUGAGAACGGGAGGUUGAUCAGUGACCGGGCGGCCAGGUAUUAUUACUACUGGCACUUGAGGAAACAGGUGCUGCUGUCUCAGUGUCUGCAGAGGGAGGAGGCCUACUUCCUCCUGGCAGCCUUCGCCCUGCAGGCCGACCUCGGAAACUUCAAACGUAACAAGCACUUUGGGAAGUACUUUGAACCUGAAGCCUACUUCCCCCCAUGGGUGAUCGCUAAGCGCGGCCGUGAGUACAUCCUGAGGCACAUCCCCAACAUGCACAAAGACCAGUUUGCUCUGACGGCUUCAGAGGCGCAUCUGAAAUACAUCAAGGAGUGUGCGCAGCUGGAUGACGUCACCGUCCACUACUACAGGCUGUACAAGGACAAAAAGGAAGUGGAGGCGUCUCUGACUCUGGGACUGACUUUACGGGGAAUCCAAAUCUUUCAGAACGUGGGCUCUGUGAGGCAGCUGCUGUACGACUUCCCCUGGACCAACGUGGGGAAGCUGGUGUUUGUGGGGAAGAAGUUUGAGAUCCUUCCCGACGGCCUUCCAUCGGCCCGUAAACUCAUGUACUACACGGGCUGUCCCAUCCGCUCCCGCCACCUCCUGCAGCUGCUCAGCAACAGCCACCGGCUCUACAUGAACCUGCAGCCCGUCCUCAAACAAGUGCGCCGGCUCGAGGAAAACGAAGAUAAGAAGCAGUACCGGGAGUCGUACAUCAGCGACGCUCUGGAGCUGGACAUGGAUCAGCUGGAUAAACGCUCCCGGGCCAGCGGCAGCAGCGCGGGCAGCAUGUCUCAUCACAAGCGUCUCUCGCGUCACUCCACCACCAGCCACGGCAGCUCGCACACCUCCGGCAUUGAGACGGACAGCUUCAGGGCGCCAAGUCAGACCCCGCACCGCCCACUACGCACCUGCAGCUCGUCCACCACCAGCCACGGCAGCUCACACACCUCCGGCAUCGAGAGCAGCGGCAAGGAGCGCAUCCUGGAUGAUGACGAGAUCGAGAUGCUGGUGGACGACCCCAAAGACUACGAGGAGCUCCACGAGAUGGCUCUGGACCAGGAGCUGUGCAUCCACAUCACGGAGGACAUGUUGACCAUGUCGCCCGAUCAGAACAGCGGAUACUCCGGACUGAUCGUGAAGGACGUCGGGUCGUCCACCUCCAGCUCCUCGGAGACCGUCGUGAAGAUGAGAGGACAGAGCAUCGAGUCUCUGCCACAGACGUCGGCGUGCAGGAAGCCUCAGUCCUCGACGGACCGACACAGCCAGUCUCUGGACGACGUGCGGCUCUACCAGAAGGACUGCCUGCAGUGGGCGGAGCUCUGCCAGGACACUGCCCACAGCUACACCUUCGGCUGCGCCCAGGAGCUCAGCGACGGCGGUGGAGGCGGCGGAGGAGGCGGCGGCUACCAGGGCCUCGCCGAUCAGCGCGCCGGCAUGCUCGGCGAGCAGUACCCGUUCCCCAUCAAGAGAACCAACAAGUACUUCUCCCUGGACCUCCCCAGCGAAGAGGUGCCCGAGUUCGUGGUGUGA